UCAAUUGUCAGUAAAUCAGCUCAGACUUAAAAGCACAUUUGUUAUCUGAAACUUGCUGUGCGAGAUUUUUGUUAUGCUUCAGAGAAAACCGGUUGUGUGACUCCGGAUAAUAAAGGUAGCCAGCCUCAUACAGACCGACCAGAACAGCUGCCAACAUGAAGCUUCUGGUGUGUGCCCUCGUACUGGUGCUGGUGUGCAGUGAGACUGUGCAUUCCCUCAAGUGUUUCACUUGUGUGAACGGGAACUGUAAGACUGCUACAGAAUGCCCAGAAUCAAGCAACUUCUGCAAAACCGUGGUGGGAUACGACUCCCUCAGUCGGACCUGUGAGGAGUUCUGUGUGCCUGGAGUUAAUAUCUACUGCUGCCAGGAGGAUCUGUGCGGCUGAGACCCAGCUAACCUCUGCAAUACUGCUGAAUCAUGAGCUUAAUCAAAGAGUUAUAAUAAUAAUAACCAUAUAAAAUGACCAUAAUCCUCCUAAUUAACUGUAUCCAAUGAUUCCUAAUGCUUAAAUAAAAGCCUGCAGCAUCUA